GCUGGCGUUCGGGGAUGGAGGCGUUGCGGGGCCGUAGCCGCUCCAGCUUUGGCGCCGAGGGGCGGUGGCGGCGGCAGGAGUCCCAAGAAUCAUGUUGUCAGAAGUCCUGCAUAUAUCUGCUCCUGGGAAAGUCAUUCUUCAUGGAGAACACGCUGUGGUUCACGGCAAGGUUGCCCUGGCAGUGGCCUUAAACCUGAGAACAUUCCUCCGGCUCCAGCCCCGAAGCGAUGGGAAAGUGAGCCUCAGCUUGCCAAACAUCGAUGUUAAGCAGACCUGGGAUGUGGCCCAACUUCAGCUGCUGGACACAAGCUUUCUGGAGCAAGGCGAUGUGACAGCACCCAUCCCCGAGCAGCUGGAGAAGAUGAAGGAGGCAGCCAACGUGCCCGAGGACUGUGCGGCCACCAGGCGCCUGGCUGUGAUGGCCUUCCUGUACUUGUAUCUGGGCAUCUGCCGGAAGCAGAGGACCCUGCCCAGCCUAGACGUCGUGCUGUGGUCGGAGCUACCCCCUGGGGCAGGCUUGGGCUCCAGUGCCGCCUACUCGGUGUGUUUGGCAGCUGCCUUCCUGACCAUAUGUGAGGAGAUCACCAACCCACUGAAGGACAGGGACGGCACCAGCAGGUGGCCUGAGGAGGAUCUGCAAUCAAUUAACAAGUGGGCCUUCCAAGGUGAGAGGGUGAUCCACGGGAACCCCUCAGGCGUGGACAAUGCCGUCAGCACCUGGGGAGGAGCUCUGCGCUACCAGCAAGGGAAGAUAGCAUCCCUGAAGAGGACCCCAGCUCUCCAGAUCUUGCUGACCAACACCAGGGUCCCACGAAGCACCAAGGCCUUGGUGGCUGGUGUCCGGAGCAGACUGCUGAAGUUCCCUGAGAUCGUAGCCCCGCUCCUGACCUCAAUAGACGCCAUAUCCCUGGAGUGCGAGCGUGUGCUGAGAGAGAUGUCGACGGCACCUGCCCCGGAGCAGUACCUGCUGCUGGAAGAGCUGAUCGACAUGAACCACCACCACCUGAACGCGCUUGGCGUGGGCCAUGCCUCCCUGGACCAACUCUGCCAGGUCACGGCUGCGCACGGACUGCACAGCAAGCUUACCGGCGCAGGAGGCGGCGGCUGUGGCAUCACUCUCCUGAGGCCAGGUCUGGAGCAGGCCAAAGUGGAGGCUGCCAAACAGGCCCUGAUCGACUGCGGGUUUGACUGUUGGGAAACCAGCAUCGGGGCACCUGGAGUCUCCGUCCACUCGGCUGCCUCCCUGGACAGUUCUGUCCAACAGGCCCUUGGAGGCCCCUGAGAUGACCCACGACACUGGCACGCCACCGGGAAGCCUCUCCCUGGAGAAUUCUGGACAUUGGGGUUGCCCUCUGUGCUGGCCAGCAGUCUCCCGCUUCUGACCUCAGCAGGCCCCAGCCCUCUGAAAUACUCUUCCUGCUGGUUGCACCCACCAGUCCUUGAGGCGGAUCGUCUGCGCUCUUCCUUCUCUGGAUCUGAUCCAGCAGCUGGGCCUGGUGGGGUUCCCUGAGAUGUCAGACUGCGGCCCCACUCUACUCCCUGGGGUGCCCAGUGCGUGCAUCUGCCCUCUGUGGCUGCUGGGUGGGGUGGCCUGUGUACAGCCUGCCCUCUUGUCCUGAGAUGGCUCCCCAGGGGCUGCCUGGACCGUGACUGGCCGAAGGAAGGUGGUGCUGGCUGCCCUGUCAUCACUUGAGGGAUUUGCAGGAAAGCUGGCAGAGGAAAUAAAAGAGACUACAGGAAA